GCCACAGAGGAGGAGGAGGAGGGAGGAAGUCGGCCGCCGCCGCUGCCUCGUCUCCCUGCCUCCCCGACGGGUUGCGAAUGACCUGGUGCAAAAUGGCCGAGGCAGCGUGGGGGCUCCGCGCGUAAGACUUGCCUGCCUUCCUGCCUUCCUUCCCAGCCCUCGUGCGCUGCAGAAGGGACCCGGGGAGAAACAGGAAGGCCGCGGCGGGGCUGCCCCUCCACCACCACCCCCCCCGAGGCGGCUUCCCUUUCCCCUUCCUCCUUCCCCCCUUUCUGGGUUGUUCAUGCCUGGGAAGCGGACGGGUGGAGCAGCGGCAGCAGCGCCCGCCCCAAUCGGGAGGCGAAGAAGAAGAGGAGGAGGAGGAGGAGGAGGAGGAGGUCGUCCGCUCGCCCCUCUCUGCCUGCUGCUCCUCCGGAGAGAGGCCUGGCCGGGUGAGGCCGGCACUAAGCCCCGUUGGUCUCCGCCCGGAGGAGCCUUGCCUCCUUUCUUCCCCCAACUCGGCAGGCCCCGAAGUGCGGAGCCAUCGGCGGGACUGGAGACGGCGGAGAGCCUCCGCUUGCUGCCGCCUCCACCGCCUCCGUUUCCAACCCCGGCUCUGCUUUGGCGCCCGGGAACCCCGAGGGACGAAAAGGCGGCGAGGGAUCCGCCGCGGACGGGAAAAUGAACCACCAGCAGCCCAGGCAGGCGACGAAAAUGUCGACCUCCCCGCCGGCGGCAUCCGGGGAAGGGCAAUUGGUGAGCCGGCAGAGGAAAUUGGAGUCCAUGAUCCGAGACCCCAGAUCCCCGGUCAAUGUGGAAAGUUUGUUGGAUGGUUUAAAGUCCUUAGUCCUUGAUCUGGAUUAUCCAGCACUGAGGAAGAACAAAAACAUAGACAAUUUCCUUAACAGAUAUGAAAAAAUUGUACGAAAAAUGCGUGAUCUUCAAAUGAAAGUGGAAGAUUAUGAUGUUGUUAAAGUGAUUGGAAGAGGAGCAUUUGGUGUGGUACAGCUGGUUCGCCAUAAAAUAACGCAGAAAGCGUAUGCCAUGAAGCUGCUAAGUAAAUUUGAGAUGUUAAAAAGGUCAGAUUCAGCUUUCUUCUGGGAAGAGAGAGAUAUAAUGGCCUUUGCCAAUAGUCCAUGGGUAGUUCAGCUUUUUAGUGCCUUUCAAGAUGACCGAUAUCUAUACAUGGUAAUGGAAUACAUGCCAGGUGGUGAUCUUGUCAACCUCAUGAGCAAUUAUGAUGUGCCUGAGAAGUGGGCCAAAUUUUACACAGCUGAAGUGGUCCUUGCUCUCGAUGCAAUUCAUUCCAUGGGAAUGAUACACAGAGAUGUGAAACCUGAUAAUAUGCUUCUGGAUAAAUAUGGACACCUGAAGUUGGCAGAUUUUGGUACUUGUAUGAAAAUGGAUGACACUGGCAUGGUGCGUUGUGAUACAGCUGUUGGAACACCAGAUUAUAUAUCACCUGAAGUAUUAAAAUCCCAAGGUGGUGAUGGAUACUAUGGACGGGAAUGUGAUUGGUGGUCUGUCGGAGUUUUUCUGUUUGAAAUGCUUGUUGGAGAUACUCCGUUUUAUGCUGAUUCGUUGGUGGGAACGUACAGUAAAAUAAUGGAUCACAAGAACUCCUUGCUUUUCCCAGAAGAUGUAGAAAUUUCAAAGCAGGCAAAGGAUCUUAUCUGUGCUUUUUUAACAGACAGGGAUGUGCGGCUAGGGAGGAGUGGAGUCGAAGAAAUUAAAUCUCAUCUAUUCUUUAAGAAUGAUCAGUGGGAUUGGAAUAGCAUUCGAGACACUGCUGCUCCAGUUGUACCUGAAUUGAGUAGCGAUAUAGAUAGCAGCAAUUUUGACGAUAUUGAAGAUGACAAAGGAGAUGUUGAAACCUUUCCAGUCCCGAAAGCAUUUGUUGGAAACCAACUGCCUUUCAUUGGAUUUACUUACUUUAGAGAGAACCUGUUGCUAAGUGAUUUUCCUGAGCUUGGUAAGAAAGUUGAACCCUGUAUGAACAAUGGGACAAAGAAAAAUGAACUUAGGAAAAAUGAGGAUGGUGAAGAGCUUAUACAAUUUCAGGAAAAAAUAAAUAAAUUAGAAGAUCAGCUCCGUAAUGAAAUACAAACCAAAGAUGACCUCGAGCAAAAAUACAGAGCUAUUAAUAAUCGUCUGGAGAAAAUAAUGAAGGAAUUGGAUGAGGAGACAUCUUCAAGGAAACAUCUAGAAUCUUCUUUCAGACAGCUGGAAAGGGAAAAGGCUCUUCUUCAGCAUAAGAAUGCAGAAUACCAGCGGAAAGCAGAGCACGAAGCAGAUAGAAAACGUAAUCUAGAAAACGAUGUGAACAGUUUAAAGGAUCAACUCGAGGAUAUGAAAAAGAGGAAUCAAAACUCCCAAAUAUCAAAUGAAAAAAUUACUCAGCUACAAAGACAGCUGGAUGAAGCCAAUGUCUUGCUGCGCACAGAGUCGGAUACAGCCGCCAGGUUGAGAAAGAAUCAGACAGAAAGUACGAAGCAAAUUCAGCAGCUAGAAGCUAACAACAGAGACCUGCAGGAUAAAAACUGUGCCUUAGAGAAUACGAAGCUUCGACUGGAGAAGGAAUUGAAUCUGCAGUCAGCUCUGGAAUCUGAAAGAAGAGAGCAGAAUCAUGGGUCAGAAAUUAUCCAUGAUCUACAGGGUCGAGUUCUUAAUUUGGAAGAAGAAGUAAAAAAUGGGAAGAAUACAUUAGCUAAAAUGGAGGCGGAGAAAAGACAAUUACAGGACAAAUUGACGGAUCUGGAAAAGGAGAAGAGCAACAUGGAAAUAGAUAUGACUUACAAGCUUAAAGUCAUGCAGCAAAACUUGGAGCAAGAAGAGGUUGAACAUAAAGCGACAAAAGCCGGGCUAGCAGACAAAAACAAAAUAUAUAAAUCGAUUGAAGAAGCUAAGUCUGAAGCUAUGAAAGAAAUGGAAAAGAAACUUUCAGAAGAAAGAAUUACAAAGCAAAAAGUGGAAAACUGUUUACUGGAGGUUGAAAAGCAGUGUUCUAUGUUGGACUGCGAUCUGAAGCAAUCUCAGCAUAAAAUAAAUGAAUUGCUUAAGCAGAAAGAUAAACUAAGUGAAGAUGUGGAAAACCUGACACUGAAAAUUGAACAAGAGACGCAGAAGCGCUGCCUCAUCCAGAAUGAUUUCAAAAUGCAAAGCCAGCAGUUGAAUGCGCUGAAGGUGUCAGAGAAGCAGAUAAAACAAGAGAAUAACCAUCUUCUUGAAAUUAAACUAAGCCUAGAAACAAAUAACGAGCUACGGAAAGAGCGUCAAGAUGCAGAUGGGCAGAUGAAAGAAAUUCAAGACCAACUUGAAGCAGAACAAUAUUUUUCGACGCUGUAUAAAACACAAGUUCGGGAACUUAAAGAAGAAUGUGAAGAAAAGGCCAAACUUUGUAAAGAAAUACAGCAAAAGAUUCAAGAGUUACAAGAAGAGAGGGAUUCCUUGGCAGCACAACUGGAGAUCACAUUAACAAAGGCAGACUCCGAACAGUUGGCUCGUUCUAUUGCUGAGGAACAGUAUUCUGACUUGGAAAAAGAGAAGAUCAUGAAAGAACUGGAGAUCAAAGAAAUGAUGGCUAGGCAUAAACAGGAACUUGGUGAAAAAGAUGCCACGAUAGGAUCGUUGGAAGAAGCAAAUAGAACUUUGACUAGUGAUGUGGCCAACCUUGCAAAUGAAAAGGAAGAGCUGAAUAACAAACUGAAAGAAAUUCAAGAAAGACUUGUCCAUCUUAAUGAAGAAGAAAAUGAUCUUGGGUUGCUAAGGACUCAGUUUGAAAAACAACUGGCUUACGAGAGAACAAUGAAAACACAGGCUGUGAAUAAGUUAGCAGAAGUUAUGAAUCGAAAAAAUCCCAUCCAACGAGGAGCAGACACGGAUGUCCGAAGGAAAGAAAAGGAGAACAGGAAACUACAUAUGGAGUUGAAAACCGAACGAGAAAAAUUAACUCAGAUGAUGAUUAAAUAUCAGAAAGAAAUCAAUGAAAUGCAAGCUCAAAUAGCAGAAGAGAGCCAGAUACGAAUCGAACUGCAGAUGGCUCUGGACAGCAAAGAUAGCGACAUAGAGCAGCUUCGGUGUCAGCUCCAAACCAUACAUAUUGGCCUAGACAACAGCAUAUGUGGCCCCGGUGACGUAGAAACGGAUGAUAGCUUCCCUGAGUCACGACUUGAAGGAUGGCUAUCAUUGCCUGCUAGAAACAACACAAAGAAAUUUGGUUGGGUAAAAAAGUUUAUAAUAGUCAGCAGCAAGAAGAUACUGUUCUAUCAUAAUGAACAAGAUAAGGAACAAUCCAAUCCAUACAUGGUACUGGACAUAGACAAACUGUUCCAUGUUCGACCUGUCACACAAACGGACGUGUACAGAGCAGAUUCUAAAGAUAUUCCCAGGAUUUUCCAGAUCCUGUACGAUAAUGAAGGAGAAAGUAAAAAAGAACAAGAGUUUCCUGUAGAAUCAUCAGGGGAAAAAUCAAAUUAUAUUUGCCACAAGGGACAUGAGUUUAUACCUACCCUUUAUCAUUUUCCAACCAACUGUGAAGCUUGCAUGAAGCCUUUGUGGAACAUGUUCAAACCCCCGCCUGCUCUCGAAUGUCGCCGUUGCCAUAUCAAAUGCCAUAAAGAUCACAUGGAUAAAAAAGAAGAAAUAAUAGCACCUUGCAAAGUGAACUAUGAUAUUUCAACUGCAAAGAAUCUAUUACUAUUAGCUAAUUCUACAGAAGAUCAGCAAAAAUGGGUGAACCGCUUAGGGAAAAGAAUUCCCAAAAAGCCUCCAGCACCAGAUCCUUUUGCACGAUCUUCACCCAGAACUUCCAUGAAGGUCCAGCCGAGCCAGUCUCUCAGGCGGCCAAGCAAACAGCUUCCACCAAAUAAAAAGAAAGCUUUCCCCCCCAGAUUGAUUGAUAUGGCAUGUAGAGACUGGGAUUGGUCAUUUCAUGAUGUUGAUUUUGAUGUUGAUUUUAAUAUUGAUGAUGCUGAGGACGAACUUGAUGAUAGCGAUGAUGAUAGCAAUGUGUUUAUUCUAAAGAGGUAAAUGGAUGAAUAUCUGCAGGAGAAUGCCUUGGUUUUAUUACAGCAUGCGUUUUCAAUUUUUCCCAGUAGAGCUGUAUGUGCUGGCUUAAAAUCUAAUCAUCAUCAUCAUAAUAAUAAUUUGAUCCAUGCAUGAUUUUUAUUGCCUUGAAAUUGUGUCAAAAUCCCUUAUAUUUGCGCUGGGAAAUUAUAAUGUCAAAAUCCCUUCUACACGUGCUUCUUAUAGUGGACUUUCCAUGUAUGGCUGCCUUUGUGCAAAUCCAAUUUUGAACAUUCAUAUCUAUCCUUUGUUAUGUCACAUGUUGCUGCAAGCUCAUAUGUAGGUGACAAGGUAAAAACUUGAUUUUCCGUGCUUUGGUGUACCUUCGUCAUACUAAAGUGUGGUAUAACUUGCUUUGCAAAUAUAUUAUACUAGAUAAUCAGCAUAGGAAUGAUAGAAGUUCUUGUCUCCAUACCCCAACCAAUUAUUUAAAAUUAGGCUGGAUUUCCAAAUCGCCUUCGAGGGGAAUAUAAUCUUUCCUUUGAAUCAUUUUUGAUUGGGAGAAAGUCAGCUAUAUAAAUGUUUUAAAUAAAUAAACGAAAUGUAAACUAGAUUUUAUUCUAAUAUCCAUUACACUAUCGCCCAAAAUUAAACAACAUUUUUCACUACCACCCUGGAGAUUUUUGGGCUUUCUGUGGCGCACUUGGACUGCUUUGCAUAGAUACCAAGAGUAUCUAUGAUUGAGAGUUUUAAAUUUUUCCCCAUUUUGCAUCAUUCUCAUCUCUGAACCUGCAACAGCUUUGCUAUACUGUUCCCUCCAGCAGCAAAGUGGGUUGUGACAAUCAAUUUGAAAUGAGAGCGACAAGAUGCUGUGUAUCUGAAGGAAAGAAAUUAACUGCUCCUUAAGAUAAAUACAGGGGGCGCGGUGGCUCAGUGGCUUUUGAUUGACGCUGAGCUUGUCAAUCAAAAGGUCAGCAGUUUGGUGGUUUGA